AUGGCGUCCAACUACUCCUUCUACAGCAUCCCAGUGUACUGGUUCCUAGCCCUUGCGCCGCACGGCUACAGCGUGUCCAUCAUAACAAAAGCCAACAACAACGUCUGGAACAACGCCAAUUCUCGAAGCCCGGGAUGGGUCGCCAGUCUGCAAAAGACUGUGCCAGCCGAAACGCUUGCGACGUUUGAGCGAGCGGAGGCGGCGCAUAAAAAUGCAUUAGAGAACGCUCCGCUCUUCAUUGGGGCUGUAUUGGCAGGGAACAUGGCAGGAUUGAGUGCUUCCACAAUGAACCUUAGCUUGGGAGCUUAUCUUGGCUUGAGGGUCCUGUAUACUGUUCUUUAUGUCAACACCACUAGGAACAAGACGGCAUCUUUACGUUCCCUUGUAUGGGCUGUACAAACUCUUAUUCUAUUUGGAGUGUAUAUCACGGCUGGGAACAAGAUGAUGGCCAAGUUCUAA